AUGGAGGACGUGGGUUAUGGAGUGUGUGAUACGUGCUCAAUGUCAGUAUUGAUAAACGGCUCACCUUCGAAGCCGUUCAAGAUGGAAAGGGGCCUGCGACAAGGUGAUCCUUUAUCUCCGUUCCUCUUUGUACUUGUUGUGGAUGUCUUACAUAGAAUGCUUGAAGAAAUAGUUAGAAACGGUCGAUUAUCACCUCUGUUGGUUGGAAGAGAUCAUAUUCAGUUGUCGCACCUACAGUUCGCUGAUGAUACCAUUUUGUUCUGCCCUCCUGAAGAUGAGACCAUCAAGAACUAUAAGAGGUUGCUUCGGUGUUUUGAGUUGAUGUCAGGAUUAAGUAUUAAUUUUGAGAAGUCCAGUUUAAUUCCUAUUAAUUGCGAUGAGGAGUGGGUACGACGUAUGUGUAAUGUGUUAGGCUGCAAGCAAGAUUCCCUUCCAGUUAGAUAUCUGGGCAUCUCAUUAGGUGCGAACCUAAGAUUGGUCAAGACAUGGAAGCCAGUAAUAGAUAAAGUGGAGGAGAAGCUCAGCCUUUGGAAAGCCAAGGCUCUUCUCGGUUUCAAACCAAAAAGGAUUAGUGAUUGGGGAUUGUGGGUUUUGGAAUGGGUUAUCUUGGAUAUGGAACUUCCAAUGGAGACGAGAACUGUUCCAAUAGGAGUUGGAUCUAGUGAACCAGCUUCACAACACUUUAAGAAUAGUCAAACUUGCACUUGGGUGUUGCAGGUAGAUAUGGCUCCAGAGGAUAUAUCAAGUUACAGCUUUACUAUAUCUAUUUGGAAAGGGCUUGUACCUCCUAGAGUGGAGUUAUUUGUUUGGUUUGGCUUGAUUGGCAGGGUCAAUACGAAGGAGCGAUUGCGUCGGCAGGUUUGGUGUGCUUGGAUAUCUCAUAUUGGUUUGCAAUGGGUAUACCCGGGUACAAUAAAGGAGCAUUUUCAGAGUUGGACGGAGUUCUCAAUUAACAGGGAGGAGCACAAGAGAUUGAUGGUGCUAAUCCCUUUUGUUGUUGAUGGCAAUGCCGAAGAUGACAGAGGGUUUUAUGGUUAG